CGCAAUUUGAAGAUUAAAAAAAACUUGCUCGUCGUUUUGCCCGUAGUAAGUUGCAGUUACAUCUGCUAGUGAUGCCAGUCGAACGACUCCCGUGAGAUCGCCAUCGCUGUUAGUGCCGGUGCUACGGCUACUACGACUGUAGCCACUACCUACAACAACUACUGCGACUGACCGCAACUACCACCGCCUUGUGAUCCUACAUCGGGGCGAUAGUGCGACAGGAAUGGGGACGGGCAGGAGGACGGCCGGCAAGACGCAAAACCCCCUAGGCCCAAUGAACCCACGCCUCGUCCCCCCUCCCACGCCGACUCAUCCCCCUAGAGUCGCUACGCACGUUAUAUCGCCACAGAGGGAAAAUAUGGAGAGCGGACGAGGGGUGGGAAAGGGAGUUACCCAACCGCCAAGUUGGAGCAUCUAUCCCUCCCCCCCUCUCUUCUCUUUACGCGACGACGCAGCAUGUGGGGAUAGAUGCUACGGGAAUGGGAAGCUACAGGAGGGGCAGCAGACGGGACACGACGCCGGAUUGUGGCACACGGACAGUGCCUAUUUGCUUUACUCUCAGCCGGGAAGGGAAGGGGAGGCAAGGGAUAGAUUAUUGAGGCCUUGGGGGCUUGCUAAAAGCAGCGUGUCUGAGCGACGCGAACCGCGUCUGGCACGUUGGCCGGCGAAAGUGGGAAAAGAAACUCAUCUAGACACUAUACGGGGUCCGUGCCACUAUCGAUAUUGGGUAGGGGGCGCAUGUAUCGUCUCCUGUAAGGUAGUUCCCGGCUACACACACACGCACACGCCGCGCCAUCACCAUCACCAGAGGGGUUGGCGGCUCGAGGAGCAAGGAGAUGAAUGCUCGCCUACAGCUUCAAGAAUCGGGCUAAGCACACACGAGUCUCUCUCCUACGGCUCAUAUCUACUUGUUCCCUUUCAACACCAGUGACGGAACUGGGAUACGAUCACAGAGGUCACUCGACACCUUCCUCCCCCUUUUCUUCUUUGUCCGUUUUCCCGUUCUCUUGGCUUUCUUUCCUCUUUCAGGGAGCGA